AAAGUUUAAGUCCCCCCAGUUUAAAAGCCAGGUUUCAAGUCCCUAAAGUAUGCCUUAGUUGGGAUUUUUUUUGCCCCCCUCCAUGUGGCUGUCCAUUUAAUGACAUGGCAGGGAGGUGGAGUAGCCACGUAUGUAAUUUCAUUUUUUAAGUCUCAUUUAAUUUAUAAAAUAAUUUUUCUGUUUUUAAAUCAUUUUUGUAAACAAUAUUAUUUAAUCAGAAAAAUUUGUGCCCUAAUUCGUUUCCUGCAUCUUCAUCAUCUUCAUCAAUUCCACAUAAUUCUCUUCGUGCAUCUUAAUCCCCAAAUUCGCUUCCUUCAUCUCAUCCCUACUUUCCUUACUUCGACCCUAAUUCGCUUCAUUCAUCUUGGCCAUGUCUCAAAAAACUGUGUCAAGUGCUAGCUACAAGAAUCGUAGUGUGAGAAACGAAUGUUACUGCGGUAUCGAUGCUCCAUUGAUGACGUCGUGGACUGAUUCAAACCCAGGACGUCGUUUUUUUGGUUGUGGGAUGUACAAGAUUCAAGGUUUCAAGAAGUGCAGUAACUUUGUUUGGUUGGAUGAAGAAAUGAACCCUAGGGCAAAGGAAGUGAUUUCGUCUUUACUCCAGAAUUUGAAUGAAGAAAAGCAGAGGGUUAAAGAUUCAAUCUCAAAGGAAGAAGAAACAAGGAUGAAGAUGAAGUUACUAAAGAAACAACUUAAGUUUAAUAUGUUCGUGACCAUUUUUGUUCUAGUUGCAUUUGUUGCAACAAUAAUUAUGAAAUGAAGUGGUGUUGAUUGCAUUAGGUUCAGUUGUGUUUAUGUUCAAUCUUGUCUAGGUUAUUUUGUUGUUUAGGUCCAAUUGAUGUUUAGGGAUUAUGAUGUUGUUGACAGUGUGAUGUUAAGGUAGUAUGAUGUUGUUGACAGUGUGAUGUUUACCUAUUUUGAUGUUGUUUACAAUGUAUUGACAUUAGGAUGUAAUCGUAUGG